CUUCACGGGCGACCAGGGGACGUUUUGGUCCUCCUCAGAUGCUGUAACCUGAGCUGAAGGGCUGGUUUCUAGGACGCACGGCCCGUUUCUAGCGAGCAGCACGCGGCCACAAAGUAGCGACUGUUCGUCGCGAUGUGGGUGAAAGGCGCCUGAAACACAAGACGCGUCCCCUCCGCGUCUGGGCCAACGUGAACCCACUCUCAGCCCUUUCUCUCUAACAAACGCGCCGCGUGACUUGAGAUCUAAAACCCAGACGUGAGCUCCGCUCGAUGAACUGAUUCAAUCAGAUCAGCCCAUCGCGGUGAUUAAUCGAUCACGCGUCGGCGUUAUUAAAGCGGGGCAUCUAUCAAUCGCAGGAGUUUCAAAUGCGUGCAGCUCGGGUUAAUGAUUUGCCGGUUAUCUUGUGGUUUGUACUUGUGGAGUUUGGAGUCUGCCCUCCCCUCCGAUAAAACGUAGUAGGAGCAGCCUGGACCGGCGGUGUCGUGCCUUUCUGCUCCGUUCACCUCUCGACUUGGGCUCAUCUGGCGUCUGGUGGCGAGGACAGGGCGCACCAUGUUACCUCUAGUCGUGUUCUUGCUUUGCGCAGCCUCCUCUUUCUCAGCUUCUACCAAAGGUGGUGUUGCUGCUGGACCCCGGCUGAACAACAACCAGCUGUACAAAUUCAGCUACACCACCGAGGUGCUGCUGGACCGGUCCAGGGGGUCCAAAGAGGGCGGCGCCGGCUACAGCAUCUCCAGCGGCGUGCACGUCAGCCUGGCGUGGAGGAAUCCGAGCAGCAAGGACGACCAGCUGAUUCAGCUGGCGAUCUCUAAUGUGAGGAUCGCGCACGCAUCCACGCGAUCUGGGAAGAAGAACAUCCUGCAGGGAUCCACAGCUGAGGAGGUUCUGGGGAAAACCAGACUGGCAGCGCUGACGAAGCCUUUCUUUGUCCAUUUAAAGAAUGGGAAGGCGAAAGGCUUUUAUUCCUACAGGUCCGAACCAGGAACCAUCAAGAACCUGAAGCGGGGGCUGGCCAGUUUACUGCAAGUGCAGCUGAGUAGCGGGAAGGUUAUAGAGAACGAUGUGUCUGGACGCUGCACGGUCGAGUACAGGGCAGUAAAAAAUGAGGUGACCAGAACCAAGCUCCUGGACACGUGCGCGACGGAGGAGACGGGCUUCACCACGGACAGCCAGGCGCUGGGCGUGAGCAGGAAGUCCACGUCGGUCACGGCCUUCACGCUGGAGGACGGCUUCAUCCGCUCGGCCGUGGCCGAGGAGAGGCACUCGCUGGCCGUCAACGCCCGCCGCUCGGCGGCCGCCGCCGUCGUGUCCAGGCAGACCCUCACGCUGCUGGGCACCGAGGCCGGGCCCCUGGAGGCUGCUGGGAAGGACGUGGCCGGCGUCGUCAAGGCCAUCGACCCCAAGCUGGCGGCGGUCGGCGUCGCCGCCGAGAAGGUCAAGACCCAGUGCAAGGACUGUCCGUCGCUUUUCGAACACUGGCAGACCCAGCAGAAGCAGCUGGAGCCAGAGAGCCUGUCCAAAGCUACGGCUCCUCGCAGCUUCCUGGCCCUCGUCCAGAGCGUCAGGAAGGCGUCCAAGGACGAGAUCCUCAAAGUGCUGAAGAGUGCCAGCAAGACGUCUCUACCUCAGGUGGUGGACGCUGUGACCUCCGCCCAGACCGCCGCGUCUCUGGAUGCUGUGCUGGAGUUCCUUAACUUCACGGACGCCAAGGGUCUGGUUCUGCAGGAGAGGUUCCUGUACGCCUGCGGCUUCGCCUCGCAUCCCAACGAGAGGAUGCUCCAGGCUCUGCUGGAUAUUUAUAAGGGCAAGAUUGGCAGCACUGACAUCAAGGAGUCUGUGGUGAUCAUUAUGGGAGCCUUAGUCCACAAACUGUGUCGGAAAGGAGGAUGCAACUCACCAACAGUGGUGCAGGUGAAGAAGAUGAUUUUAGAGGGUCCUGGCAGCACACGGGCCGAGUCGGAGGUUCAGAUGUACCUCCUGGCCCUGAAGAACUCGCUGCUCCCGGAGGCCAUUCCCAUCUUCAUCAAAUACGCCGAGUCAGAAGUGGGCGUCUACAACACCAUCGCCCUGAGCGCCCUGCAGAGAUACGACCUCCGCCUCAUCACAGACGAGGUCAAACGGACGGUGAACAGAGUUUACCACCAGAACCGACGCAUCUACGAGAAGAACGUGAGGGCGGCGGCCGCCGACGUGCUCCUCAGCAGCAACCCGUCGUACAUGGAGGUCAAGAACGUCCUCCUGUCCAUCGGGCACCUUCCGCACGAGAUGAACAAGUACAUGCUGUCGAAGGUCCAGGACAUCCUCCGCUUCCAGAUGCCUGCCAGCAAAGUCAUACGUCGAGCCCUGAAGGACAUGAUCUCCCACAACUACGACCGCUUCGCAAAAGUGGGGUCGUCGUCGUCAUUCUCAGGCUUCAUGGCUCAAACCGCCGACCUGACGUCCACGUACAGCCUGGACAUCUUGUAUUCGGGCUCAGGAAUCAUGAGACGGAGCGUGAUGAAUAUCUACGGUGCUAAUGAUGGAGCAGUGCUGCAUGGGCUGCAGGUGGCUAUCGAGGCCCAGGGGCUGGAGACCCUGAUUGCUGCCACGGCGGACGAGGGGGAGGAAAUCCUGGAGUCCUUCGCCGGGAUGUCGGCGCUGCUGUUCGAUGUGCAGCUGAGGCCCGUCACCUUCUUCAAGGGCUACAGCGACCUCAUGUCCAAAAUGUUCUCCAUGAGCGGGGAUCCCAUCAAUGUGGUGAAGGGUCUCAUGCUGCUGAGCGACCACUCUGAGGUCAUUCAGCUGCAGUCCGGCCUGCAGGCCAGUGCAGAGUUUCAGGCAGGUUUAGCCAUUGACAUUUCUGGAGGCAUGGAGAUAAGCCUGUGGUACAGAGAGUCCAAGACCAGCAUCAACAACAGGGGAGCGCUAGUGGUCACAGGGAACAUCACCGUGGACAUGGACUUCAUGCGAGCGGGCGUGGAGGUCAGCUUCGAAACGGAGACGGCGCUGGACUUCAUCACCAUCCAGUUCUCAGAGUACCCCUUCUUAGUGUGCAUCCAGAUGGACAAAGCCACCUUCCCCAUCAGUGAACACCUGACCACGUACGAGAGCCUGGCGUUGGGACGGAGCGUCGCGUCGCGGCGUCGGGGCAGGAAGCAGCUCGUCCCCGGCUCCGAGUUCCCGCUGCACCAGGAGAACUCCAACAUGUGCAAGAGGGUCUUCGAUUCCAGCUGGUAGAGACGCAGGUUGUUUGAAUAUAGGACGCUCCACUGCAUUCAGGGGCAACUGCUACACCUUCGUCUCAAGCAGUGAAACAGUCGAGAGAAAAGUGGUGCGUGUCUUUUUUUUAUUUUAACAGCAAUGUUUACAUUCCUGUACGUAUUUAAGCCAAUUUACUUUGGCAUUUUGUUUGGAAUCAGGAAUUUCUACAUUGUCUUUGUAUUGAUUUCUUUGAAAAUAUAUUUAUGAUGGGCACAUACAAGACUAUGUAUAUUUGAUGCAUAGACGUAUUGCUGUAACUGUCCCAAACUACUAUACAGCACAGACGUGUAAAUAUCCCUCUGGAGGCAGUGGCGCAAUAUUUUCCCUGGAAUAGAAACGCUCCUUCCUGACAAACAUUCCCUAGUUUUGCUCUUUUUUUUAAUUAAAUGUGUUUAGUUUGGACGAGUAGUUUAUUGUCUCUCUCUAAUGCAUCAGUGCUUACAUGAAAUAAUGUAUAGACCACUGGUGGUGUGAGGACGUCUGAGCUGCUGAGUUCAGUUUGUUGGAUUUGUAUCUGGCUGACAAUAAACACUGACCCUGA